AACUAUAGUUACGCUGUAGUUAACUUUAGUUACGUUAAAGUUACCAGAGUUGAAGAAGACAAGUAUCACAGUAUAUAAUAUAACGUUCAGUCUGAGCUCUAUUUGAAGAUUUGUCUCUUAAGUAUAAAUAUUGCAAUGGACAAGAAGAAAAGACAGAUUUUCGGAAACGAUGUUGUUCAUCGUAUACGGUCAUUCGUGUUUGGAAAGAGAAAAGGAAAGAACACAAAUAAUAACUGUGUUAUCCCAAAAAAUACAGCCAAACAACUGAGAUUAACAGACAACAUUCAGAAUAUACAUCAACAAUGGGAGAAAAUCGAAGAAAAACAGCAGCAAGAAGAACAAGAACAAAAGGAAAACAAGAAAAAAAAGCAAAAAAAUAAAUGGACAAUCCCGUUUUCGUUAUUUUUGAAAUGCGUCAAAAGGAGCUUAUCAACAGAGGAAAAUCGCCGUCAGCUUAUGUGGCAUUCUUAUAUCUACUUCUGGGAUUACCUGUUUGGGUCCUGUGCAGCAAAGGCUAGAAUGGCCGCCGAGGACGAGGAACAAUUUUAUGAUUUUUAUGACAGUGAUUUUGACGAAGAAUUCUUUUAGCUUUUGCGCGCGUGUGUGUGUGUGUGU